ACUGUUGCUUAACCGCUAUGUCCAUAUUAUCCCUCUGAUUUCUGUGGCUGUCGGAGGGGUAGAAAUGGAAAAUUCUCAUGAGAAGAAGAAGGCGCCGGCGCCGGUGAAGCUGAAGCCGAUCGAAGCAACUCCGGAGAACUUCGCAGAGUUCGGUCAGGUCAUCGAGGCCUCACCGGACGGCGAAGAAUUCGGUCCUCAAGACGCUCAGCUCGACCUUAGCCGUGGAAUUCCCAGGCUCUAUAUUAUGCGCAUUGAGAAUCGGCCUUUCAAGUUCAAGACGAUCACGCACCACGCAAGUGUGACCCAGUGCUUGGGCUCGAUUGGUGGAGGUGUUUGGUACCUUGGAGUGGCUAAGCCAUCAAUCUUGGACGCAACUGAUCAAACUGAGGGUGAUCCAUGCCAAGGCAUUUUAAAGUCAACCUGUGGACACUUCUACAUGCCGCCCCGCGUUGAGGAUUUCCGCGUUUUUAAAGUUACAGGUUCCAAGUUUCUUAAGCUUAAUCGCGGGACCUGGCAUGCGGGGCCUAUAUUCAAGGGAAAUGCAAUGGAUUUCUAUAAUCUUGAGCUCAGCAACACCAAUGUGGUUGAUCACACAACGCAUAGUUUUGCCGAGGAGAAUGGAGUCUUUUUCGAGGUUGACGACUAGCUCGUAACAUCCUAUGCCUCUGUUUCAACCUGUCUAGGUUGUACAUUGUUACUCUUCACUUUCUCUGCUAGAGCUGGUUGUGUUACUCCUUAAGAUACAGAGGGACAUGGUCUAUUUUAAGUUGGGAAAAUUUGGUAUGUAUUAAUGUAUGUUAAAUUUGCUAUGUCCAGUCCAUAAGAGUUGUGUACAUUUCAAACACUGAAAAUCUGCUGUUGGGUUGCUGAGAAAGAUGAGGGAAACCUUUUUCCUUUUCAUCUUUGUUUAUUAAUCUUUAAAAAAAAAAAAAAA